AUGGAUCCCCGAUCGCACCCUUCGCGGCCCCCGUCCACCAGCCUGCCCCAGGGCUCCACGCCGCUGUCCUCGACCCCCGUCUCGAGUAUGCCCAUGCCGCAUUAUCCGAUGCAGCCUCAGUAUCCGGUCUCCCAGCCGCAUACCCUGCCGCCUCUACAGCCGCAUCACACUCAGUCGCCCGCUCCGCACCCAUACAUGGGCCAGCCAUACCGGCCGGACCUGUCUCGGUUUCCCGCGUCAACUCACGACGUGUAUGGGGCCUCCACGGCCCCGAUCAUGCCGCACACGACUGUCGGUAGCCAGCCACCGUCAUUUCUAUCACAUCCUAACCAACCGCCACAGGGCCACCCUUCCCAGUCCUACCCCCCUCCCCCGAGCGUGUUGCCUCCCGCGUCAACCGCGCAGACUUACCCCCAGCCCAUCGCCCCGGCUCCCCCGCGCGACCGCCGUGACUUCAACGGUAUCCCGUCCGGCGCAUUCAGCUACUCCGAUGGCAAGUCCUGGGGCAUGGGCCCGGACGUGAACGGCGCGAACGGAUCGCCCUACGGACCCAAGGAUCAGCCACGCACGCAGGUCGUGGGCUCUCAGGGCCGCCGUGGUAUCCUGCCGAGUGUUCCGGGCCGGGCGACCCCGGUCACGAACGGCGUCAACGGCGCCGCGAAGAGCACCACCAUCCCCGCUAAGGAUGCCGAUGGCAAAUUCCCUUGCCCGCACUGCAACAAGACCUACCUUCAUGCUAAGCACCUGAAGCGCCAUCUGCUGCGACGUGAGUUUUUAUUGUUUUUUACACCCCUCCCUUGCCAAAAGAUCCUUCUCAGCCUCGAUUGGUGUUUUUCCUCGGCUUUUGUUUUUGUUCGCGACUUCACGGCUAACGACGCGUCGAAUUUAGACACUGGUGACCGGCCUUACAUGUGUGUCCUCUGCAAAGACACCUUCUCGCGCAGUGAUAUCCUGAAGCGCCACUUCCAGAAGUGCUCUAUCCGUCGGGGCAACCCCACGGGCGCGACUCACCUGUCGCACCCUCAAGCCCAUCUGAAGCGUUCACAGCAACAGGCGGCCGCUGCGGCGGCGGCGGCUAACCCCGCCAAGCCCAUUCAGGAUGAAGUCAGUAAUUCCGUCCCAGGUACCAAUGGUGUCAUGGGUGCGCAGUUCGGCGAUGGGGCCGUGAAUGGCAAUGGUAUGGCCCACGGCCGUCCUGGCUACCAGGACCAGCAGCCCCUGGGGUUCACCAUGUCGCCUGUCAACGGCAUGAGCCGUGGUCCCGGUGAUCACGCGUAUGCCGACCAGGCCUCAGCGAGAGCCUCGUGGAUGGCUGCGCCCAAGCAGAAUCCGUACCUCAUGCAGCCUGGUGCCGAUGCCCAUGGCCAGCAACUGAGUGUUGAUCGUCCUCUUGAACAGGUAAAGUCUUUGGUCAUCCCUGACCCCAAACAUCCGGUUAUGCCCGGACCCCAUUCGAAUCAGCCUGGUGUUGACUGGACUUCGAUGUUUCAGCACGGUGCCGACAACGGCUACAUGAACCCCGUUUUCCCCCACUCCAUGGCUGCCGGCCAGGAGCCCAUCCACGCCCCCGUCGAUGCUGACCGCAAGUACUACCCCGCCACGACCGCGGGCGGCCCUGAGAGCGGCAUGAACGGACUAUACCUGGCUUCGACCACGCUGAGCGGUGAUGGUAAGUGA